CACCCUAAAUAAAUAAAUAAAUAAAACUAAACAGCCGCCUUCACCUCACCACUUCCCCGACGCAUUCUCAGGCGACGUCCUUUUUCUUCUCCAACUGCUGUUUCCCCUCACACCGAUUUCGAUUCUCACGAGUCGCACUGACUUAAUUCCUACACAGUGCUGCGACAUCUUCAACUCUGCUUUCGAAAUCCAACGAUAUUCUUCGGCAGCCAUUGAUCUUUAGGUUUUAUCUCUCAUCUAUUAGACUGAUUCUUUUAUAACACAACUGAGAAGAGUAAUCUCUUUUUCUUAAUAAAAACAAUUAGAAAUACCCUUGCUAUAUAGGUGCUCCAUUUUUUGCCCAAAAACCCAAAACAGUACAAAAUGGAAGAAGAAUCUUACAAGAAAUCUGAAGGCUGCACCAUUAAGGAAUGCCAAGACAUGAUUCAAAGAAGUCUACGGACUCCAAUGGUGAAAUUUUUGAUGGAGCAUAUGGAGAAAACAGGGUGUAAGGUAGGAGAUAAUUUCAUCAAGGCAGUUAAUUGCAACAGGAAGAUGGGUGGAGGCUAUGUUCGUGGCGAAGGAAUAGUGGUGUGUAGCGACCAAGUGAAGAUACAAGAUGAUGUCAAUCAAGUAGUUAUACAUGAGCUUAUUCACGCAUAUGAUGAAUGCCGUGCUUCAAAUUUGGACUGGACAAAUUGUGCUCAUCAUGCCUGUAGUGAGAUUCGUGCUGGCCAUCUAAGUGGUGAUUGCCACUACAAACGGGAAUUUCUGCGGGGUUUUAUGAAGAUAAGGGGCCAUGAACAAGACUGUGUGAGAAGAAGAGUUAUGAAAUCGGUGAUGGCUAACCCUUUCUGCUCCAAAACAGCCGCAAAGGAUGCCAUGGAGGCUGUGUGGGAUAUCUGUUAUAAUGACACAAAGCCCUUUGACAGAGCUCCUUGAAAGACCAGUUUUUACUUGCCAUUUUAUUGCAAACAAUUCUUGAAUAAAUCCUAUUUUUGCAUCAUAGAAUAGGAAGAUGCCUUAGUUCUUCAAUUUUAAGAUAAAAUUCAUUUCUCUAAGAAAA